AAAAAAGAACAAAAAUAAUAAUGUGGCCCUUUAGAAGAAGAAGUACCAAUGGAAGCAGAUUCCAUGGCGAUUCAAUAACAUUACCUUUUGCUCUGAUUUGGCGACCUACUGUUGUUGCUAUAUGACCCGUUUAUCAGUUGCCACCCGUUUCUCACUCCUCUUCUUCUUCAACUUCAAUCUCAACCUCAACCUCAGACUCAAACCCAUCUCUUUUCUCUCUCUCCUCAACCUCUCUCGUCUCUCUCUUUCCACUCUUCAUCUCUGCAAGUCCUUCGUUCGUCUUCUUGCCUCCAAAACCCUAGCCCUUUUCACCAUGGACAAUCUCUUCCCCAACGACGAUGAGUUUUGGGACAUCGAUGUUGGCUCUCGCUCCCGACCUCCCCAGCGCCCUCGCCUGCUCGAUGACUUUGAUUAUGAUGAUAAUGAUGCCGAGAAGGUCUACUUUGUUCCCUUCAGGUGGUGGUUGGAAACUCAAAAUGAUAGUGAUCAAGUAGUAGGUGUUCUAUAUAGCGUGUCAUCAGAGGAGGAUGGUGAUUCUGGAAUUCUGUUGGAGCUCAGGAAAGAAAAAGUUCACACAGAAUACGCUGGUGAAGAAGAGGGAUUUUCUGGUCGUGAAUACGCCCUGAUUGGAGAAUCCAUGUGGUUGCAGGCCCUGAAGCGGCAUAAUGACUUUGAAGCAACAUCGAAUUAUGGUGGCCGGCUUUUCAGAGAUGAAGAUAUAUUGCAGGCUGUUUUUCCUUUGCAAAUUAGGAUCUUGGUAUCAUGGGAGACAAAUUUGUUAACUGUGAAGAUAAACCGAAAGGAUAAUUCAGCUAACUUUUAUAAGAGAGCUUCUGUAAUUUUCAAUUCUAACUCUGAACUGUUUCACAUUUGGGACUUCUCAGGGCAAACAAAUAAACUUUUCACAAAUAACUCGAACAAUUUUCUUGAUGGUUCUCUUGUUCAAGGAGUCAAAGAGGUCCUUCUUGAGUUACAAGUUCUUGAAACUUUGGACAAUAUGAUGGGUCGAUAUGGGAAGGGCGCUAAGCUAACUGAAGAACAGCGAAAGACUGAAAAGUCCCCCACUAUCAUAAAUGGGAUCACAGAGAAAGUGAAAUUUCAUUUGACUGAGUCUGACCGUAUGAUAGCUGGAAAUAGUUUUGGCGUAGCCAGUUCAAUGGGUUUGACAGGAUUGCAGAAUCUCGGGAAUACUUGCUUCAUGAAUAGUGCUCUUCAAUGCUUGGUGCAUACUCCAAAGCUUGUUGAUUAUUUCCUUGGAAAUUUCCAAAAGGAGAUAAAUUAUGAUAAUCCUUUGGGAAUGAAAGGAGAGCUUGCCUUAGCAUUUGGAGACUUGCUCAGGAAACUAUGGGCCCCUGGCUCGAAGUCAGUGCCUCCAAGAAUGUUUAAACUUAAACUUGCUAAUUUUGCUCCCCAGUUCAGUGGUUAUAAUCAGCACGAUUCCCAGGAAUUUCUUUCUUUUUUGUUGGAUGGCCUUCAUGAAGAUCUAAAUCGUGUUAAAUGCAAGCCAUAUUUUGAAGCAAAGGAUGUAGAGGGCCGCCGAGACGAAGAAGUAGCUGAAGAAUAUUGGCAAAAUCACCUUGCCCGUAAUGAUUCUAUUAUAGUUGAUUUAUGCCAGGGUCAGUACCGGUCAACAUUGGUGUGCCCUGCUUGCAAUAAGUUGUCAGUUACAUUUGAUCCAUUUAUGUACCUUUCUUUGCCAUUGCCGUCAACAACAAUGCGCAGUAUGACUCUGAUGGUAAUUUCAUGUGAUGGGAUUUCAUUGCCUUCUACAUUUACUGUAUCAGUGCCAAAGUCGGGAAGAUUGAAAGAUCUUAUUGAUGCUUUAAGCACUGCUUGUUCUUUGAGAGCAGAUGAGACCCUGUUGUUAGCUGAGGUAUACAAGAAUCGUAUCUGUCGUGUUCUGGAGGAUCCUUCUGAUUCACUGGCCUUGAUUAGGAAUGAAGACAAGCUUGUUGCUUAUAGGUUUCCAAGAGACGAAGAAUCAUCUAAGUUGAUUGUCUACAUGCAUCAACAGUCAGAAACGCAUGAUAAUUCAGGAAAGCUAAUUUCAGGCUCGAAAACAUUUGGAGCCCCAUUUGUAGCAAAAGUGCCUGACCUUCCUCAUGAAUCGGAUAUUCGUCAGCUGUUCCUUAAGUUUCUUGAUCCAUUAAAAAUGCCUGCAGAGGAAUCGUUUAGCAACUGUGAUGGUGAAGCUGGCGUUUCUGCUAAUGAUGACUUCGAGAUGGAUGAUGCCUCAGAUCCGGCAAACUUGGAUCCUGAUGGUAGUCCAAAUGAUGAAACUAUUGUAAACUCUUGUUUGCCUGCUGAUUUCACAUUCUAUUUGGCUCAUCAGAUGGGAGCUUCUGAAGGUACCUUGAUUAAACCGAAUGAACCUCUAGCUAUCUCCAAGUCAACUGAGAGACUGGAUGUGAUUGUUAUGUGGCCGGACACGAUGGUUAAUAAAUAUGAUACAUGUCUAAUGAGUUCAUUGCCCGAUGUUUCCAAGCCAAAUUUACAUCCAAGGAGACUUCAAGAGUCUGUCGAUUUGUACAAGUGCCUUGAAGCUUUCUUGAAGGAGGAACCUUUAGGACCUGACGAUAUGUGGUAUUGUCCUAGAUGCAAGAAGCCUCAACAAGCCAGGAAAAAGUUGGAUCUCUGGAGGUUGCCUGAGAUUCUUGUCAUUCAUCUCAAAAGGUUUUCAUAUAGCCGAUUUUUUAAGAACAAGUUGGAAACAUUCGUUGAUUUUCCAAUAGACGAUCUAGAUCUGUCAAACUACAUCGCUUACCAGAAUAGCCAUUUGAGCAAUCGUUAUAUGUUAUAUGCUGUUAGUAAUCACUACGGAGGGAUGGGUGCAGGUCACUAUACUGCAUAUGUCCUUCACGGUGGUAAAUGGUACGAUUUCGACGAUGAUCGGGUUAUCCCUGUUAGUGAAGACGUUGUAAAGUCGUCUGCUGCUUAUGUUUUAUUCUACAAAAGAAUUGCAGAAGUAUAAUCUGGUAAAAGUUCUACACAUGGUUUUGAAGGUUAGUGUUUUAGACAACACCUUACACACCUACACACACUCCCCAAAAAGGAGUUUUUUCUGGUUUACUUUGUUUAGGAGAUCUUCUCCCUUACUACAUCAUCACUGUUAUACAACUGUAUUAUGUUUGGGAGACAAGAAAAGAAGAAGAAAAAGGAAACUUACGUACAGCAAGAAAAGCACUUUUGGGGGGACAAGUAUAAGAUUUUUGCCUCCCACCAUAGGGAUACGUCUGUAAUUCCUUGUGUAUAUAUUACUCACUGCAAGAAGAAAGUCUUCACCCAAGCUUUCAAUUAUUGAAAUGGAGAAAAAAGCAGCAUCUCUUUUGGUUACUUUCAUUUCUUAAUUUUUUUUGUAAAGUAUUUGAUGGUAUGAAAUUAAGGAGGGUGAGAGGAAAUUCUCAAGAAAUUAAUGAUCAACUUACCUUGAAUUAA